GAAGGGCGUGGGACCGACCGGAAUGCCGGGGGUGCUAUGUGCCGAAUAAGGUGGGCUGGAAGAACAGAGCGCAGCGAAUCAAGGACGCCGCAUGGUCUAUCCGCAGGCUCCCAACGAGGGGAGCGCCUUCCACGCCUCUGUGUUUGGGAUAACUUGCAUCGUCGCUGGACGGAGAGCUCCCAGUUCUCAUUUGCUACUGGCCCUGCAGCCGGACUUAACUGCCCCAUCAUAAACGCCUGCCUCCCCCCCCCCCCCUCGCCUUAUAUACCUCACUUAGAAAAACCUAUCGGGUUGCCGAGAAAACUCUUUACCUCCCAUGUGAAGGCGAGAGCCGUGCUGUGUGUGUGUGUGCGAGGGGAGGGGGGGCGAACGGAACAACAUGGAGCAUCUCUCCAGCACCCGGGGUUGUUUCGCCUUGUUGACACUGACGGUGUGGUUGCGAGGGGUCGCCGCCGGCUGCUCCGACAGGGAGAAUCCCAAAUGUUGCACGGGAAGAAAUAACCAGUGCUGGGAUUUCACGAGGAGGCGGACGAUGUGUUACUGCGAUACCUACUGUGCGAAAACAGCGGACUGCUGCGAAGAUUACAACGCGGUUUGUCAAAUUUCAGCCAUUGACUGUAUAGUUGGUCCAUGGGGCUCCUGGACUGAAUGUAGCUCGCUGUGCGGCAUUGGCAGCAGAGAAAGAGUGAGGCUCGUCAUCAUCCCACCCAGGAACGGAGGGACGCCCUGUCCCGAUCUGAAGCAACGUCGGGGUUGCUAUGGACACGACCCUGACCAAUGCCACUCAGUUAAAGAGGUGGCGAAGAUUUUGCCCAACUCCUUCAAGCGGAACUUCAAAGACCCUUGGAAAAGGCCCCAUAUGAUGGCAAAGGAGCAAAGACCAAGUUACUGUGCUUAUUUUCGGAUGAAGGAGGUGAGUUCCUCCUGCCACCUGGGCAUCUGGACCAACCAGCUGUUCAGGGAGAAACACGUCUGCACCGAGUGCCAGGGAGAAGCCAUGGGAAGCAGGGAUCGGUGUGAAGGCGAUGGACUGGAAGGAACCAGGACCUUCUGGAUGGUUGCUUCCCGCACGGGAUGUCACGGAUCGUGGGUGCGCCAAUCACUGCGGGCGAACUGCCAGUGCCCCUCGCAAUCACUGAUCUUCAUCUAAUGCACUCAGUGAAGCUAGCAGUUCCCCGAGACCCACAGGAAAUGGGUUGGGGGGGCUGCAGAGUUUCGUCACCACUCCUAGACAUGUCACAUAGCAGCGAGAGAGAGAGAGAGGGCGAGGGGGGAGAGAAAGACGGGGAGAGAGAGAACCAGUGAGUGAGUGCGAGAGAGAGAGAGAGAGAUAGGGAAAGAGGGAGAGAAGGUGUGAGAGAGAGGGAGGUGGGAAGAGAGGGACAGAGAGAUAGGGAGAAAGAGGAGGAGCAUGAGAGAGAGGAAGAGUGACAGAGAGAGAGAAGUAUGAAAGGUAGCCAUAUAAGCUUGCUGCAUGCUUUUUUUUUAAAUCACAUUAUCCUUCCCUUCCACAUAAGCACAUUGAAGGACUUAUAUCCUCAACAGAAUGGCGACCUUCUAUAUGAAAGAGAACUGCUAAUGAACUUUUAAACUUUUUACCUCUGAAACUCUGCUGGGAGCUAUCUCCACAGUCACACUUGCAUUUAGUGAAAUAAAAGCACACUGAAAAAUAUAGCAUUUUCCUUUUAGUUGUUUUCAAUGUUUGUUAAUUGUCUGGCCAUGUGCUAUGUAACUGGGAAUAGGUGGGGUUGUCCAGAAUGAAGGAUUUAUUAUUUAACGUUACUUUGAAAUAAAUCAAUUAUGAUUUCUAUACA